AUGCUUAAAUAUUUAGCCGUUGUUUCUUCGUUAUUAAUAUUUGUAGAAGCCAUUCAAAGAUGGCAUACAUCACAAGUAAUGUUAACAAAAUUAUAUGACAUGCAAAACGAUCAUUUUAAUGUCUUGGAUAAUUACUUGGAUUUGGAGUCAAAACGUUUGGAAGAAUUAAAAAAUUAUGUAGCUGCAGUAUAUGAAUGGCGUGAUCAAAUAAAAACCAAAAAAGACUUCUUACACGAUCACUUGGAUGUUAUUAAAGUGAUGACACAAAUGCACCAACAUUUUUUGAAGAUUGAUGAUUUAAUAAAGAAUAAACAAUUCUCAGAAGCGUUAAAAGAUAUUGACGACCACAAAGAUCUUAGUGGUGAUCAUAUAUUGUGGGCACAUCGAGCAUUGAGGAGACUACAAUUAUUUUAUGCAAUUCCUGCAUCAGACAUGUCGGAGGGUAGAAUGAAUGAAAAAGUUAUAGGUGAUCGAAUGGAUGCAUGUGAAUGUUACGUCAUGGCGAAGUACUGUUUAGAGGGAAAUGAUCCGUAUGGCGCCUUAUAUUGGGCUGUUGAAGCCUAUGGAAAAUGGGAGAGUGACGGUCGACCAAAAUGUGUAGAUCCCGACAUUUUAAAUUACUACAUAGUAUCAUCAUCAGUGUAUACAGGAUUUGACUUUAUGAAUUUAAUAAACCUAAAUGGAUCAAAUUACCAAGAAUAUACUGAACUAUUUGUGCGGUAUCAUCACCUAAUAAAAAACGAAUUAUUUGAACUGGAAAAGGAAAGAGCAAUGGAUAUAAUGGAAGCAUAUAAUAAUUUGAUUGGAAGUGAAAUUAUGAACGAAUUUAGACAUUUGUGUAAACAUGGCGUCUCAAGAACAUUAACAAAAUACUCAAAAUGUAGAUACCAAACGAACAAUUUAUUUUACCGAAUAUUGAUGCCCUUUAAAGAAGAAGACAUUAAUAGUGAGCCUCUCAUUAAAAUAUAUCAUGAUGUAUUAUAUGAUGACGAAAUCUUGAAAAUUAAAAUGAUGAGCUUAGCAAACAUGAAUGAUGCUCAAGUCAAAUCAAUUGCAGGCAACGAAUCCGAAUUACAAGAACAAACUCGCUCAGGUCAAGUCUACUGGAUUAAAGAAGUCGAUGCUGUUGAAUAUUUUGAUGCACUAAAUACUCGUAUUGAAUCUUUUACCGGAUUUUCGACAAAGACAGCUGAGCGAUAUCAAAUAGUUAAUUAUGGUUUAGGUGGUCAUUAUUUACCGCAUCAUGAUCCGUUUAGAAAAGGAAAUUUGACUGAUGUUCAAAACGAUGGUUAUACGUCAUUUCCUAUGAUAAAUAUUAUUGUCCCUGCUGAAAAAGGAUCUGCGUUGGUUUGGAAUAAUUUGCAUAUGUCUAAUGGACAAUUAUACUAUGAAACUCUUCAUGGAUCAUGUCCUUUAUUGAAAGGAAAUAAAUGGAUUAUGACUAGAUGGCUGUACGAAGAAGGACAACAUUUGCCUUAUAAUUGGAAAAAUAAAUAA